CAGAGAGUAGGGCGGUUUAGCGAAUAUCAGUGGCUGAAGGCACAAAGGGCCGUGCACCCGUGAGCCACUCGUACUAGGCCGUAGCUCCCGCUAACGGACGCCGCUGUAGCCGCUGCCAAAACAGCGCCUCUCCUCACUAAAGCGGUUGAUUAUAGCGCUUGUGUUUAGUGGCCGUGGGUGACGGGCUCCGCCACAGUCAGUUGCCAGUGCGCGCACCCUCCAUCCCAUUCUCAUGCCAUCCCCACCUCCUGCAAGAGCCUCGCACCUUGCUGCAGAAUUCGGGCCUAUGUGUGCAGGCUGAGUAUGUGAUGAACAGCGUGUCUGUCUAUUUCGGGAGUCCCCCUCAUAUGGACUGCAGUUCAGUUGGUGGGAAUCACGUAACAACGAGCGGCAAGUAGCGGACAGGUACGGCGAGGUCCAACAUGGCUUUUUCGAUGGUUUGCCCGUCCAACAAGCGAGCAGCCGCCGCCAGACGAACCAACCGAAAAACGCCGAUCACAGUGGCACGGCUCCCGCCAGCUUGGGCUCGGCACAUAGCUGCAUACGAAUACAUGAUGCGGCUGGCUGGGGAGGAGGCUGCGUUGGGUGCUCUCUCCGCUUAAAGCCCAUGUCCAUGCCCCAAACCCCAUUCCGAGCCCUAUCUGCUGUUAAACACCUGCAGCUCCCAUAUUUUCAUAACAAUCUGCAUUUCCCCUCGCUCUUGGCCAUAUGCUGGAUUUAUACAGUGUUGCUGUGUUGAUUGCGCUUCAACCCCCAUUCUAAAUACCGAGUACCCUAGUCCGCCCGCCACCACCGCACUGGAUAUAGGCACCAACCACCGCAGCCUUGUCUGGAUGCCCGUCCAAUUUCUCGCCAAACAUCGAAUGGUCCUCUUCUCAUACAAUCCAGACGACAGCCAUGCGAAUUCUGUCUGCGCUGGCCGUGAUUCUCUUGGCGGGCGCAUCGCGUGCUGCUGGGGAGGAUGCAACUAAGCCGUCGCAAGCUUCGUCACCGCAGGACGCAGCCUGGCCCAAGGAAACAAAGGGCGCCAGUCAGCAAAAGCCAGCAAACAUUCGUGAAUACUCACCACGACCGACCGAGGGCCCCAAGGCCGUUUUUGGACGCAUGGAACUGAAUGCACGCCUGGAAGGAUACACACUAGAUGCUGGAGUUUGCGGAUAUCAGGCCGACUCAAGCUCCUUUGGCCGCCAAGUUGGGUGCUAUAAUCCGGUAUGGACCUGCUCAUAUAGACCCGAUGGAUUCGCAGGCUGCUGCCCCCCAGGACAGGAUUGCUCAGCGAUUAACACGGCUUGUGUGGAAGGAACCGCGGCUAAGUCUUGCGGCCCCGACAGCCAGACACUCUGCUGCGUCGAAUCUGCCAGUAACAAGUGCUUUACAUGGGACGUGGGUAUCACGGGUGUUGGAGGCAAAGCUACCAAGCGAUACACACUAUAUGACUGCGCACCCACAGCCGGUAGCAGAACACUUGUCGACUAUGAUCCUGUAUGGUCGAAGACACAUUUCAGCAUGACUGGCAACCCGACUAUUGCUCCUACAACAAGCCCUGAUUCCGGUGGUGGAAGCUCGACCAACAUUGGCGCCAUCGUCGGAGGUGCAGUGGGUGGCCUAGCCGCCUUGACUAUUUUAACAGUUGGUAUAUGCUGCUUUAGACGGCGUCGUACAAGAGGCGCUGCCUCGACGGCGACAAAAUCAGAAUUCGGAGCCCAAGGCACUCGACAAAUACACCUACAGCAACCACAGCGUUAUCACGCCGUCCCUCAGCGCCUCACAUUCAACACAUCGCCGUUUGGAGAUUCUGGCCAGACAUCACAGGGGCCGGUCCCUGUGCGAAAGGAUAUAUCCCCACUCGCCUCUCAACACUCUCUAAGCAGUCAUGGAACCCCCAACUAUACGAACACGAACCGCUAUGAGAGCCUCACAUAUGGACCAACACAUACAUCCACAGUGAGCCACACCCGUUACGAGAGCCUGGGCCAGACUACCAUGACAUCCACAUCCACGGCAAACCACAACCGCUACGGAAGUGUAGGACAGGCUAGCACAUCAACAACAGCUGGGCCAUCGACAUCAGCACACAUAUCUGCUUCGGCGCCGGCGCCGUCAGUAGCGAGUUCUGAUCACCAACCGACACCUAGCGACAUUCCUCCGACACCUCCUCCGAAGCGACCAAUGUUUGCGCGCCUCGCAGAACUGCCUGAUCAUCAAGUGGGAUCAGAGAGCAAUCGUGCAGAAUUGAGUUAAGGGAAUCUUGGAACUAGGAAAAAAUUGUUACCCGUAUAUAUUUGCUGGACGGAAGCUUUUGCAUUUUUUUUGGUUAUAGACGGCAAGGCGUGGCAUUCUCUCUCACGGUCAUGGGGGUGGCGUCUGAUUUUGGAUUACAGUAUACCUCUUUUUAUUAAUCAUUCUAGCGGAUAUUUUAUUAAAUUAUCAUUGCAUUAACAUUAUUAAUAAGUCAUGUCGAUGACAUAGUCUAUUCCUUCGUCUCCAUGGCGGCGCCAACUUCGGCAUCCCACCACUGCUGCCAGUUGAUGACCUUGUCGUUCAAUCUAGCAUCCUCAGCAGCAAAUACCAUGGCGUGACUGCGGAGCACCUCAUCUAGUGUGCAGCCGAUGAACUCGUUUUGCGCCUUUUGCGCCUCCCAGCCCUUGUUCUUGACAUGGUCGACAGCCUUGACAAACUGGCUUGUCAGGCCCUUGUCGCCGCCGCCGUGACCUGCCGACUCGGCUUCAGGAGUAUAUGUCUUUGUCUCGCCAGUGGUAAAGUUCUCCACGACAAUCUUGUCGCCAUCAGCGUAGAUCUCGCCAUUGUCGCCAUAGAAGUUGGAGAAGCGCUGGCAGAUCUUCUUGGUCUGAGCAACCAUGUGGAAGGUGAUGCGCUUGGCAGGCUUGAUGCCUUCGGGCCAUGUGAUGGUGACAAACUGCUCGUCACAGACGUUGUUGUCUGUCUCAAACACACAACGGCCGUACCAGGGACGCUUGCUAACUUCGGCUUCGGGCGUGGUCUCAUCCCAGUCCUCUUCGAGGGCCUUGGUCAUGACAGCCUUGCGCUCAUCAAUAGUCUUGUAGUCUUCAAUGUCGUGGACGACAAUGUUGAUGGGCCAUUUUGUGUUGCCAGCCGAGAUACUCUCCUCGUGAGGUCCAAGGUACAGGUUCUUGGCAGAGUACUUGCAGCCAGAGUCGCCCAAGGGGCAUUUUGUGCAGUUGGUGGCGUCACCGGCGGCGGCAGGCUUGCGGCUCUUCUUGAAGAAGUGGAUGCCACCAGAUGAAGAGACGGUCGUAGGAAGAUGAGGCUCGCCCUGGCCAGCCUUUUCAGGAGAGCAGAGCAGCCACAGCAAAAAGUCAAUGUCGUGACAGCUCUUGGUGAGAAGCGAGGGAGCGGUGGUCUUGGAGUUUCGCCAGUUGCCGCGGACAAAGGCGUGUGUAAAGUGCCACCAGCCUACGGGCUCGGUGUGUGUGGCGGAGCUGAUGUUGCCAAUGGCCUUUUCGUCAAUCAGUAGGCGGCGAAGGACAAGGUUAUGAGGGCUGUAGCGGAGAACGUGGCCGAUGGAGAAGACGCUGCUGUUGAGGUUCUUGUGGACGGCGUUGUACAUCUCAAUGCACGACUUGAGAGAGGUGGACAGAGGCUUCUCGCACAUGAUGCUGAGGCCGAGAGGAGCCAGCUUGACGACAAGCUCGUGGUGCAUCUCAUCGAGGACACAGAUGAAGAUGCCAUCGACACCAGGAGGCACGUUCUCUUCGCCAUCGGCAACUCUCUUACGACGAGCCAGCUCGUACUCGAGGAACUCAUCCCAGGCCUCGAAGGAUUGGCCCUCCGAGGGUUCCUCACUACCCCAGAUGAACUUCUUGCCAAUAGUCUCUCUCUUGAAUUUGUAGGGUUCUGCCACAGCGGCGACUACACCAUUGGUGAACUUAUGAAUGGCGUUGGCGUAGGCGUAGCCUCUGGAACCAGCACCAAUGAUGAUGAAGCGAGCAGAAUCCUUGGUCUUGUUGGCAGCCUCCUCCGUGGCAGGCUUCUCAAGCGGGCCACAAUGCGAGGUGCUUUCUGUAGUGCCAUUUGUGCCGUUGGUGGUGGUGGUGCCAUUUGUAGUACCGUUGGCCUUUCCAAAUGAGGCGGGGAUGAUGGAGCUGCGCUUAGCGAGCUUGGAGAGGGUGUCUUUGAUAGCCAUGAUUGUUGCUAGUGCCUUGUGAUUGUAGAGCAGCAGGGCAAAAUGUGAGAUGCAGGCUGAGAAAAGGCUCGCAGCUGGUGCGUGUGACGGUGUCCUGGAUUUUAAGUCAUGCCACAGUCGCUUAGUUGAUGACAGCUGCGCCUGCGCGAUUCCCAACAGGGCAU